UGGACACUCUCAUUUCGUUACGGACCGUAGACGCAUUAGCAUCUCCGAAUUCGUCGUCGUGCUUCAACCAGAAAUCGCAUAGCAAUGGAUCCGAAACCCCUUACCUUCAGCACGAUCGAGGGAGACGUGGGACGAAAAUUAGACAAGAUGUUCGGCGUGAAAUCUAGUUUCCUAAGAGUACAGCCGGGUCAUUGCAUGAUACCUCCGCAAUUCGUUUUUUAUGGAACGAGAAUUCGAGACAUGGAAAUCUACGAGGACGACGUGUGGAUGGUGUCGUACCCACGAACUGGUAGCCACUGGGCACAAGAAAUGGUAUGGUGCAUCGGGAACAAUUUUGACUAUGAGAAUGCCCAAACUCUGUUGGUCAUACGUAAUCCGUUGCUCGAAGCCUCGGCGUUAAUGGUCACAGGGGAAUACGUGGAAUGGUUCGCGAAGUUGGGUGAUUCGGUGGAGAACGUUAAGAACAUGCCACGUACCAGAUACAUAAAGUCUCAUCUCCCUUUGGAAUUGCUGCCGCAACAGAUUCAUGAAAAGAAACCGAAGCUUAUCUACGUUGCUAGAAAUCCAAAGGACACCUGCGUCAGCUUUUACCAUUAUUGCCGGAACUUCCAUAGUAUAACGGGAAGCUUCGAAGAGUUUGCCGAAUUGUUCUUGGAAGACAAUGCACCGAUGGGCCCGUUCUGGAAGCACGUUUUGAAAUUCUGGGAGAUGAGAGACCAGGACAACGUUUUGUUUCUAAUGUACGAGGAGAUGAAGAAGGAUCAAGUGGGUGCGAUCAAGAAGACGGCAGAAUUCUUAGGAAAAACCGUGACGGAAGAGCAAAUCGGAGAACUCAGCGAACAUUUGAAGUUCUCGAAAAUGGCAACGAAUCCGGCGAUAAACUUGGAGCAUAUCUUACCGCAGAAGGAUCUACCGGACGAUGACAAAUUCAUAAGAAAAGGCAAAGUCGGUGAUUGGAGGAAUUAUAUGUCCGAGGAAUUGUCCCAAAGGUUCGAUGAAUGGACUGAGAAGAAUUUACGCGGAAGCGGCCUCGACUUCGACAAGGAAAUCCUAUCGUACGAGGAAUGAAACAAUAACAUGAUAAGGAAAAUCCGUCUAUUUUAAGUAUAGAUCUUAUGACAUAGCUAUGUAGUUAAAAAUAAUAUUCGAAUGCUUGAUGAUAAGAUUGAAUUCAAUCCAAUGCAAAUACUUUUAAUACUUCUGAUCUAGUUUGUUUCCAGCAAGUAUCGAAACUAAGGGUUAAUAAAACUAUUCUACGCAGCGUAUCGUCGUUUAAAUGUAGGCGCUUUUACGCUGGCGCAUCAGCACAUUGUACACAUGUUACCGAG